GCCUAUUCUAUGACGCGCACCGGCACAAAGUUCCCCGGCACAAGCUCCCCACAAAGCUCGUAUAUAUGACGGCGCACUGACAUUAUAUUGCCAAUUAAGGUUGAAAUUGCACGUUAAAUUGCCAGUAACGGUCGCGUGCGGGGACACGUACCAAUCACAUUAAAACACCGCCAGCACAGCCGACAACAAGGCUCAGUCCACGCUCGCCCCUCCUCCACCUCCACAGUCGCUACAAAACAGCGUUCACUCCGCAAAAGAACCCACUACACUGCUUAUCCUCUCGUCGCAUUCGUCAAGAAACAUCUCACAAUGCCACGUACACCCUCCAACACCCUGGUGCAAACCGCCAGCACCCCCAACGCAAGGACAAUCUUCCCCCAGUCCGACAUAUCAAUCGUGCCCUUCCCGCCAGACAACCCAAGCAUGGCAUUCAUCUCCACAUCUUUCAUAGUCCCGCGCCGCCCAACUUCUUCGCAGAUCUACUCCAUCCCGCAGGGCUUCGAACAGCAGGCGAAACUCGCUUUCUCGAACCUGGAAACAGCCCUAGCAUUAGGCGGGGCGAAGCCACGCGACGUCACCAAGUUGACGGUGUCUCUAGCGCAGGAUUGCAAGAAGCAGGAGACUACCAUCCAGCUUCGGGAUGCGAUGACGAGGUUCUUUACUGACUCUCGGGGGCGGAGGCAUAGUCCCGCUGUUGCGGUCUUUAAUCACCAGUACAUCCAUGAUGGGUUUGCCAAAAUCCAGGUGCAGGCUGAGGCUGUUGUGAGGGUUUCUGCGCCCGAGCCGGAGUUGGACCCGGGGCAGGAUGGUGGGGAGCUUGCGAGGUUGCCGACUUAUGAUGAGAUCUGGUGAAUUGUAUAUUAAUGUAUUUUUUUUUUUUCUUGUUACAUGUGGGCAUUUGUUGAAACUGAUUAUUGUUAUUGUUACAUUUGCGACCGAGGGCUCAGUAAAUGACCCAACAACAGCCACCCCUAGCCCUAUAAGCAUCCAAAAAGGCUUCAUAAUUGUGGAAGCCGCAAGGGCAAAUACCACGGCAUUUUAGAAUAAACUUUAACCAUUAGGGCUUCGUUUGGGGCUGGCUGCU